AUGGAGCAGAUGGAUUGUAAACCCUACCAGCCACUGUCCAAGGCACGCCAUGAAAUGGAGCUAGCGUACACCAGCUCUUCAGAUGAGAGCGAGGACGGGCGAAACCCGCGCAAGUCGUGCACGUCUCGAGAGACUCUGCCUGAUUAUGGACCAGAGCUGAGACUGAACUACCACAGCCAUAGCAAGAAACGGAAAGCAACCAAUGAGCCCACGCAAGAGCUGGAGUUCUGUGACUCAUCCCAGAUGAUGUGCCCCAGCUACGAUGUGGAGCUGCGCUCGGGCCCGCAGCAGGACUACCCCCUUGGCAUAGGCUCGGACACAGAGACGGAGGCCGGCCCCUCGCCGGACCAUGCCCUUCGGCUCUGGAUGCAGGAGAUCAAGUCGGAGCACAGCUCUUGCCUGUCCAGUCGGGCCAACUCGGUAUUGUCCCUCACCGACACGGAGCAGGAAAGGAAGUCGGAUGGAGAGAACGAUCUCCCUGACAGCCCACGUGGGCAGUUCACCUUUCGGCCCCUCCCCCCACCGCCGCCGCCUCCGCACGCCUGCACCUGCGCCCGGCCAGCACCGCAUGCGCCACCCGAGUCUCUGCAGAGGAACACCAUGCCAGCAAGGAGUCAAGCUGCAGACGUGGGGGGUCUGCAAGCUGACGGCUCCCAACUUCACAGCAACUGGGCUCUCAAUAGCAACAUCCCUCUGGAGACCAGGCAUUUCCUUUUCAAGCACGGCUCUGGUUCUUCUGCUCUCUUCAGUGCAACCACCCAGAACUACCCGUUAACCUCCAACACGGUCUAUUCACCGCCCCCGCGGCCCUUGCCCAGGAACACCUUCUCUCGGCCCGCCUUCACCUUUAGCAAGCCCUACAGGUGCUGCAAUUGGAAGUGCACGGCCCUGAGUGCCACAGCCGUCACGGUCACGCUCGCCCUCCUGCUUGUCUACGUCAUCGCAGUGCACUUGUUUGGUUUGAACUGGCACCUCCAACCUGUGGACAGACAGCUGUAUGAGAAUGGGGUCAGCAAACUGGACAAGGACCUUGAUGGUGUGGAUGCCAGCUUUCCCCCGAUUGACGUGUCGCUUGGCAACAAGACUCUCAGAGAUGUGUUCCUGAGGGGGAAGGUGAUCGACAGGGGCGAGGUGGACAUCGGCACCCAGGUGAUGCAGACGAUUCCCCCCGGCCUCUUCUGGCGGUUCCACAUCACUAUCCAUCAUCCUGAGUACGUCAAGUUCAACAUCUCCCUGGCGCGGGAUGCCCUUCUCGGCAUCUAUGGUCGCAGGAAUAUACCCCCCACGCACACGCAAUUCGACUUUGUCAAGCUGCUGGACGGGAAGCAGCUGAUCAAGCAGGAUGCCCGGCCUGCUGAGGACUCAGGCUCCGCUCCCCGGAAUUUGAUGCUCAACACACUGCAAGAGACUGGCUUCAUUGAGUACAUGGACCCAGGGACGUGGUACCUUGCCUUUUACAAUGACGGCAAGAAAGUGGAACAGGUGUUUGUCCUCAGCACCGCUAUCGAGACCAUGGACGGCUGUGCAACAAACUGCAACGGCAAUGGGGAGUGUGUGUCAGGUCACUGCCACUGCUUCCCUGGGUUCCUAGGCCCUGACUGUGGGAAAGAUGCCUGCCCAGUGCUGUGCAGCGGUAACGGGGACUACGAGAAGGGCCGCUGCGUCUGCCGCCCGGGCUGGAAGGGGCCAGAAUGUGACGUCCAGGAAGACCAGUGCCUCGACCCCACCUGCUCCAACCAUGGCACCUGCGUCCAGGGCAUCUGCGUGUGUGUGCCCGCUUACAAGGGCAACAACUGUGAGCAAGUUGACUGCCUGGACCCACAGUGCGCAGGUCACGGUGUCUGUGUGAAAGGGGAGUGUCUGUGUUCGCCGGGCUGGGGUGGCGACAGCUGCGAGACCCGCCUGCCCACCUGCCAGGACCAGUGUUCGGGUCACGGCACCUACUUGCAAGACGUGGGCAUGUGCUCCUGUGAGCCAAACUGGACAGGCGCCGAUUGCUCUGCAGAGCUAUGCCCUGUGCCAUGCGGCAGCCGUGGUGUGUGCAUCGAUGGCCGCUGUCAGUGCGAGGAUGGCUGGGAGGGUCCCGGGUGCGAGCUCCGGGCCUGCCACCCCCAGUGUGAGGAGCAUGGCCAGUGCAGGAAUGGGAGGUGCGAGUGUCACCCUGGGUGGGAGGGAGAGCACUGCAACAUCGAUGGCUGCCCAGGCCUGUGCAAUGGUAAUGGGAGAUGUACACUGGAACAGAGUGGGUGGCAUUGUGCGUGCCAGUCUGGCUGGAGUGGUCCCGGGUGCAACGUUGUCAUGGAAAUGGAAUGUGACGACAGUGUCGACAAUGAUGGAGACGGGCUAACGGAUUGCGUGGACCCCGACUGCUGCCGCCAGGAAAGUUGCCAAAGCGGACCUUUGUGCCAGGGUUCCCCCAACCCAAUGGACAUUAUCCAACAGAACCAGACACCCUUCGCCCCAUCGGCCCCACGCCUAUUCUUCGACCGUGUUCGCUUCCUUGUAGGCAAGAGCAGCACCCACGUCUUUCCUGGUGACAUUCCCUUCGACAGCAGUCGAGCAGCUGUGAUUCGGGGCCAGGUGUUCUCGGUGGACGGUAGCCCGUUGGUUGGGGUCAACGUCAGUUUCCUGCAGCAUGCUGAAUAUGGCUUCACUGUCAGUCGACAAGACGGCAGCUUCGACCUGGUCGCUGCCGGAGGGAUCUCAGUCACCCUGGUGUUCCAGCGCGCCCCCUUCCUCACCAAGAGAUACACCGUGUGGUUGCCAUGGAACCAGUUUAUGGUGCUGGAUAAGGUCACCCUGGAUAGGGUGGAGUCUUCAGCCCCUGUGUGUGACAUCAAGAGCUUUGUCAUUCCGUACCCCAUAGUGUUACCAGCACCACUUACUAGGUUUGCUAGUACUUGUGGGGAGAGAGGACCCGCUAUUCCAGAACUGCAGGCUGUCCAGGAGGAGAUUGCCAUCCCCGGGAGCUUCAUGAAGCUCAGCUACCUCAGCACACGUGCUCCUGGCUACAAGUCGCUGCUGCGGGUCAUCCUGACCCACUCAGUCAUCCCCGUGGGCCUCACCAAGGUGCACCUGUCAGCUUCAGUGGAGGGUCGUCUCUUCCAGAAGUGGUUCCCAGCCGCCCCCAACCUGGUGUAUGUCUUGGCCUGGAACAAGACUGACAUCUACGGUCAGAAGGUCCCUGGAUUGGCUGAAACGAUAGUGUCCAUUGGUUACGAGUACGAGUCUUGUCCCGACUUCAUCAUCUGGGAGAAGCGAACAGCACUAGUGCAAGGUUUUGAGAUGAUUCCCUCCAACCUGGGUGGCUGGUCUCUGGACAAACAUCAUACCCUCAACUUGCAAAGUGGUAUUCUGCACAAGGGAAAUGGGGAGAAUGUGUUCCUCUCUCAGCAACCUCCAGUCAUCACCACGGUGAUGGGGAACGGGAACAUGCGAACCAUCCCCUGUCCCAGUUGCAAUGGGCCAGCUCUGGGCAGCAAGCUGUUUGCCCCUGUGGCAAUUGCCUGCGGUUCUGACGGCAGCAUUUAUGUUGGCGAUUUUAACUUCAUCCGACGCAUUCUCCCAAAUGGCUAUGCCAUUAGCAUUUUAGAAAUGAGAAACCGAGACAUAAGGCACAGCACCAGCCCCGCCCACAAGUAUUACCUGGCCAUGGACCCGAUGAGGGAGGUCCUUUACCUUUCGGACACGAGCAGCAGGAAGGUGUACAGGCUGAGAACCCUCACUGAACCCAAGGAGCUGGCCAAGAAUGUGGAGGUGGUGGCAGGGACCGGGGAGCAGUGCACACCCUUCGAUCAAAGCCACUGUGGUGAUGGGGGGAAGGCAUCGGAGGCAUCGCUCAGCAAUCCCAGAGGAAUUGCUGUGGACAAGCAGGGCUUUGUGUACUUCGUGGAUGGAACCCUGAUCCGGAAAAUCAACGACAAAGGCAUGAUAAUGACGGUCAUUGGCUCCAACGGCCUAACAUCCACUCAGCCGCUGAGCUGUGAUGCACGCAUGGACAUCAGUCAGGUACGCCUUGAGUGGCCCACAGACCUUGCCAUCAACCCUAUGGACAAUUCCCUUUAUAUCCUGGACAACAACAUUGUGAUCCAGGUGUCGGAGAGUAACCAGGUGAGGAUUGUGGCAGGCCGGCCCAUCCACUGCCAGGUACCUGGGAUCGACCACUACCUACUAAGCAAGGCUGCCGCCCACUCCGCCCUGGAAUCUGCAAAGGCUAUUGCCGUGUCCCACCAUGGCAUUCUCUACAUUGCUGAGACCGACGAGAGGAAGGUUAAUCGGAUCCAGCAGGUCACCACCAACGGGGAGAUUUCCAUUAUCGCUGGGGCCCCGACCGAGUGCGACUGCAAGAUUGACCCUAACUGUGACUGUUUUUCUGGAGAUGGUGGGUAUGCCAGAGACGGCAAGCUGAAAGCGCCAUCCUCUUUGGCAGUGGCUCCUAACGGCACCCUAUACAUCGCUGACCUGGGAAACAUCCGCAUUCGAGCCGUGAACAGGAACAGGCCUUACCCAAGUGCCGACGGCAUGUACGAGAUUGCCUCAGCUGUGGACCAAGAGCUCUACGUGUUCAGCACCAAUGGCACUCACCUCCACACCCGCAGCCUCAUCACAGGCGACUACAUCUACAACUUCACCUACUCAGCCGAAGGGGACGUGAGCACGGUGGUCGGUGCCAAUGGCAACUCAAUUCACGUCCGGCGAGAUGCCAACGGGGCACCUCUCUGGCUGGUGGUCCCAGGGGGGCAGGUCUACUGGCUCACUAUCAGUAACAGCGGCGCCCUCAAGAGAGUGUCCGCCCUUGCGCAUGACCUGGCCCAGAUCACCUACCAUGGCAAUACAGGUCUCCUAGCAACCAAGAGUGAUGAGAACGGCUGGACCACAGUUUUGGAAUACAACUCUGAAGGCCACCUCAUCAACAUCACCUUUCCAACAGGUGAGGUCAGCAGCUUCAGCGGCAACAUGGAGAAGUCUGUCAAGGUGGAGGUGGACACCUCCCAGCAGGACAACUUUAUCACGGCCACCAACUUCUCAUCCACCAGCACAAUCUACACGCUGCGACAAGAUCACGCUCAGAACACAUACCGGGUCAGCGCCGACGGAUCCCUCAGCGUCACCUUUGCCAGCGGCAUGGAGGUGACCCUCAUCACAGAGCCGCAACUGUCGGCCAGCACGAUCACCCCCACUGUAGGGCGGUGCAACAUCACGUUGCCCGGGGAACACGGCCCCAGCCUGAUCGAGUGGAGGCAGCGCAGGGAACAGGCCAAGGGGAACAUCACCACGUAUGAGCGGCGGCUGCGGGCUCAUAACAGAAAUCUGCUGUCCAUAGACUUUGACCGGGCUACUAGAGUGGGAAAGAUCUACGACGACCACCGCAAAUUCACACUCAGGAUCCUGUAUGACCCGUGGGGCCGCCCCAUAGUAUGGUCUCCCAGUAGCAAAUACAAUGAGGUUCAUGUGGCUUACUCACCGGCAGGGCUAGUCACCAGCAUUCAGCGAGGAAACUGGUCCAUGAGGCUUGAGUAUGAGAAUGGCAGAGUGGUCUCCAGAACGUGGGCCAAUGGGCGCAUAUGGAGCUACACAUUUCUGGAUAAGUCCAUCAUGCUAUUACUACACAGCCAGCGGAGGUAUAUUUUUGAGUACGACCAGACGGACCGUCUCCUCUCCGUCACCAUGCCCAGCAUGGUGCGCCACAGCCUACAGACCAUGCUCUCCGUGGGCUACUACAGGAACAUCUACAGCCCCCCAGAUGGCAGCGCUGCUGCGGUCAUCCAGGACCACACCCGCGACGGGCGCCUCUUGCAGACCCUCCACCUGGGCACAGGCCGCCGCAUCCUCUACAGGUACACCAAGCAGUCCCGCCUGUCGGAGAUCCUUUACGACACCACCCUGGUGACAUUCACCUACGACGAGGCAUCCGGAGUGGUCAAGACCAUCCACCUGAUGCACGAAGGUUUCAUCUGCACCAUCAGAUACAGGCAAACAGGUCCUCUUGUUGGCCGUCAGAUCUUCAGAUUCAGCGAGGAGGGUCUUGUUAAUGCUCGAUUCGACUACAGCUACAACAACUUCCGUGUGACAAGCAUGCAGGCCAUGAUCAAUGAGACCCCGCUUCCCAUUGAUCUCUAUCGCUAUGUUGACGUUUCUGGACGCAUCGAACAGUUUGGUAAAUUCAGCGUGAUCAACUAUGACCUCAACCAGGUCAUCACCACUCAUGUCAUGAAGCACACAAAGAUAUUUAACGCUAAUGGGCAAGUCAUAGAGGUGCAGUAUGAAAUAUUGAAGUCUAUUGCGUACUGGAUGACGGUGCAGUACGACAACAUGGGGCGCACUACCAUAUGUGACAUCAGAAUCGGCGUAGAUAACAACAUCACGAGAUACUCCUAUGAAUACGAUGCAGAUGGCCAGCUGCAGACGGUGUCUGUCAACGACCGACCACAGUGGCGCUACAGUUAUGACCUGAAUGGUAACAUCAACUUGCUGAGCCACGGAAACAGUGCCAGACUCACACCACUACGCUACGACCUGCGCGACCGUAUCACCAGACUGGGGGAGAUACAGUACAAGAUGGACGAUGACGGAUUCCUUCGCCUCCGGGGAACCAUUGUCUUUGAGUAUAACUCCAACGGGCUCUUGGCAAGAGCGUAUGACAAAGUUUCGGAGAAGAGUGUGCAAUACCGUUAUGACGGCCUGGGGAGACGUGUUGCCAGCAAAGGCAAUGCUGGCCAGCACCUGCAGUUCUUUUACGCCGACCUCAGCAACCCAACGAGAGUCACGCACAUGUACAACCACAGCAGCUUGGAAAUUACUUCUCUUUACUAUGAUCUGCAGGGCCACUUGAUAGCCAUGGAGCUCAGCAGCGGUGAGGAGUAUUACGUUGCAUGUGACAACUCCGGGACUCCCCUGGCUGUUUUCAGCAACCGGGGGCAAAUUAUUAAGGAAAUUCUAUAUACCCCUUAUGGAGAUGUAUACCAGGACUCCAACCCCUCGUUCCAAAUGGUCAUCGGUUUCCAUGGGGGCCUCUAUGAUCCUCUGACCAAACUGAUUCACCUUGGAAGAAGGGACUAUGACGUGGUGGCUGGCCGGUGGACUACGCCCAAUUAUGACCUGUGGAGCGAGCUUAGCACCAACCCAAAGCCGUUCAAUAUGUAUUCUUUUAAAAACAAUUACCCUCUUGGGUACCUCCAGGAUGUUGUUCAGUUCACAACAGAUAUUGGCAGCUGGUUGCAGUUGUUUGGGUUUCAGCUACACAAUGUAGUACCUGGUUUCCCAAAGCCAGAUGUAGAGAGCACAGAACAGACCUAUGAGCUGAUGAAGACUCAGACUAAAACACAAGACUGGGAUCCCAGUAAGGCGGUUCUGGGCAUUCAGUGUGAGCUCCAGAAGCACCUGAGGAACUUCAUUUCUUUGGACCGGCUACCUAUGUCCCACAGCAGCAGUCUGCUUGGGGGAUGCCAAGGAAGCAGGCCUUGUUUUUCUGGCAUCUCCUCCAUCUUUGGGAAGGGUGUCAAGUUUGCCAUCAAGGAGGGCAUUGUCACAACAGACAUCAUCGGGGUGGCCAGUGAGGAUAGCCGGCGCAUCGCCGCCAUCCUCAACAAUGCCAUACAUCUGGAUGGCCUGCACUUUACGGUCGAGGGCCGUGACACGCACUACUUUGUCAAGUCAGGCCCCCUGGAGGGCGACCUGGCCGUCAUGGCAGACAGCAGCGGUGGUGGUGGACGCAUCCUAGAGAAUGGUGUCAAUGUGACUGUGUCCCAGAUGACCUCUGUGGUGGGUGGAAGGACUAGGCGUUUCGCAGACAUUCAGCUGCAGCAUGGCGGUCUUUGCUUUAACAUUCGCUAUGGUGCCACUGCAGAGGAGGAGAGGGCCCACGUGUUGGAGAUGGCCCGCCAGAGGGCCUUGAAGAGGGCCUGGGCCCGAGAACAGAAGAGGGCACAGGAAGGAGAGGAGGGACUCAGGCUGUGGACCGAGGGGGAGAGGCAGCAGUUGCUUAGCACCGGCCGGGUGUCUGGCUACGAUGGCUACUUCGUCCUGUCAGUGGAGCAGUAUCUGGAGCUCGCUGACAGUGCCAACAAUGUCCACUUUAUGAGACAGAGUGAGAUAGGAAGGAGGUAACAGCGGCAAUGCGCCACUCCGCCUCCCCUUCACCAAAGACUGCCUGU